GCAGCGGCGGGGCCGGUGGGCUCUGACGGAGGAGGCGGAGCUGGGCCGGGCCGGGCCGGCUGGUGGCACCGGCACCGGGGCAGCACACUAGUUACUGCUUGGACUUCGCAAACAAAAAUUCCUGAGCCGGCUGAUCUCUCCAGCCAGCUUCCCACCAUGGAUCAGGACUAUGAGAGACGUCUCCUACGCCAAAUCAACAUACAGAAUGAGAACACAAUGCCUUGUGUGGCAGAGAUGCGAAGAACCUUGACACCUUCCAAUUCUCCAAUGUCUUCUCCUAGUAAGCAUGGUGACAGAUUCAUUCCCUCAAGAGCUGGGGCCAACUGGAGCAUCAACUUCCACAGAAUAAAUGAAAAUGAAAAAUCACCAAGCCAAAACAGAAAAGCAAAGGAUGCUACAUCAGACACUGGCAAAGAUGGCCUUGCCUACUCUGCCUUGCUGAAGAAUGAACUCUUGGGAGCAGGGAUCGAGAAGGUGCAGGACCCCCAGACAGAGGACAGGAGGCUGCAGCCAUCCACCCCAGAGAAGAAAUCUCUCUUCACUUACUCGCUCAGCACAAAACGCUCCAGCCCAGAUGAUGGCAAUGAGGUCUCACCCUAUUCUCUGUCUCCUGUCAGCAACAAAAGUCAGAAGCUGCUAAGAUCACCUCGAAAACCAACUCGGAAAAUCUCCAAGAUUCCUUUCAAAGUGCUAGAUGCCCCAGAGCUGCAGGACGACUUCUAUCUGAACCUGGUGGACUGGUCCUCUCUUAACGUCCUCAGCGUUGGCCUUGGGACUUGUGUUUACCUGUGGAGUGCUUGUACGAGUCAGGUAACGCGGCUGUGUGACCUCUCUGUGGAAGGCGAUUCCGUGACAUCCGUGGGCUGGUCAGAGCGGGGAAACUUGGUGGCCGUUGGCACUCACAAGGGCUUUGUACAGAUCUGGGAUGCAGCUGCAGGAAAGAAGCUCUCCAUGCUGGAGGGACACACAGCCAGAGUCGGUGCCCUGGCGUGGAACGCGGACCAGCUGUCGUCCGGGAGCCGGGACAGGAUGAUCCUGCAGCGCGACAUCCGCACCCCGCCCCUGCAGUCUGAGCGGCGGCUCCAGGGACACAGGCAGGAGGUCUGUGGGCUCAAAUGGUCCACGGACCACCAGCUCCUGGCCUCUGGAGGGAACGAUAAUAAGCUCCUUGUCUGGAAUCACUCCAGCCUGAGUCCUGUCCAGCAAUACACAGAGCACCUGGCAGCAGUCAAAGCCAUCGCCUGGUCCCCACACCAGCACGGGCUGCUGGCCUCGGGUGGAGGCACAGCCGACCGCUGCAUCCGCUUCUGGAACACGCUCACGGGGCAGCCCCUGCAGUGCAUCGACACCGGCUCCCAGGUGUGCAACCUGGCCUGGUCCAAACACGCCAACGAGCUGGUGAGCACCCAUGGAUACUCCCAGAACCAGAUCCUCGUCUGGAAAUACCCCUCGCUAACUCAAGUAGCAAAGCUCACAGGGCACUCUUAUCGAGUCCUGUACCUGGCAAUGUCCCCUGAUGGGGAGGCCAUUGUCACAGGAGCUGGAGACGAAACCCUACGCUUCUGGAACGUCUUCAGUAAAACUCGCUCGACAAAGGAGUCUGUAUCUGUGCUCAACCUCUUCACCAGGAUACGAUAAACCCCCUCCCUGUGCCCCAGGAGCCUACAGCCUGACAUUCCAGGAUCAGACCACUCCCUCAGCGUGCAUGGACCUCCACAGCCCAGCCAAGGGGAGGGAGAGCUGUGGGACUGCAGGAGGACCCAGCUCAUUAAAUGUGUGCUUGUGACCCACAGGGCUGGGCAGUAUUUGGGAUGGGAUGGGGUGGGGAGGGGAGGGAACUGCCAAAGGUUAUUGAAUUCAUCCUUCAUAAAGGGAAACGGGUACAAGAGCAAUGUUAACCCAGCAUCCUCCAGCCGUCGGGAUGACACUGGGGAGGACUCGUGUGACGUGGACCAUUGAGACUGGACUGAGGCCAUCCCCACUGCCAUGGUGUUCCUCCUGCGAGAGAGGAGCAUACCCUUGCUGCUGUGGCAACGGGUUUGACGUGCUGCUCUGUGUCCCAGAGUGCCAUCUCUGGAGGCAGGAGCCAGCCAGACUGGUCCGGUACAGCUGGUGUGAGGGGCACAGCUCCAGGCUGGGCAUCUAAGGGCUUUGUUCAUAGCCUGGCAUCCCCAUUCCAGGAAGAAACUGGAGAACUGCCUAUUUUCCUUUUUUUUUCUUUAUUUUUUGCCCCAGACAGGUACUGUAGUACUUGACAUGAUCAUUCCAUAAGACAGCUUGAUUUUUUGGGCAUGCUUGACAACUGCCUCCGAACAAAUACGCUUUGGGGCUCUGGACUUUGGAGGAGACUUGAAAAAGCUUCACCUCUAAGGGAGCAGAUUCAGGAAGUUCUGCAGUUGCUGUUUCAUCUUCUGGGCUGAUCCUGGGAGUUACCAGACAACAGAAGCAAGGACUUUAUAAAGAAAGAAACCCACCCAA